CCUCUUUGAUUUGACGGCGGUAAUGUAAAAACUUCCUGGUUUAUCGCGUGCGUCUUCUGUCAUUGUUUUGAUUCCGCAGCAUUCAUAGACAUCAUACAAUUCACACGAGUCACAGUUUAUUAAACACUGAAAUUACUUGUCUUUUGUUUUGGAGCAUUUUUGGUUGAUUGUUCAAAGCAGCCGCUUUAUUAGCAUGCUGGCUAAUGUUUGCUAACACGAUGGGUACGUCCUGAACCUACGCGGUGGUUUUGAGGCAAAUUUCUUCGUGUAGUCGCUUCACGUUGCGCUGGAACGAUUAUAUAUGGAGAACACGGCGCAGGRUCAUAAGUCUUCUGUGGGACCGAGCAGAGGAGAGGAUGAAGCCAGAAACAGUGACUCCGGGGACAGCGUCUUCUUCUCCCAGAAACCCCUGCCUGAAGCGGUGCUGUCAGGAGAUCUGAGGCUGCCCCGCUUAAGAUCACCCUUCACCCAAGAAGGACCACCAGAACCCGAGGAUGACAUACUUUCAUCAUCAUCUUCUGAAGAUGAAUCCAGGACAAAAAAGAAGAAAAGAAGAAGAAGGGUCCUCAAAGUGCCUUCAUGCAGGUUCUCCUUCCUGUCUGAGAGGAAGGAUCAAAMUAAUGGUUUACUUCGCGUUAAGAUCAAAAAACUUCAUAGUUAUACGAUCGGAGGAUAUAUGAAACAUGUAAAAGAGCUGUGGGAGUGCUACGAACGAGGAGAAGAUGUGGCAGCAUCUUUACCAACURUUGAUGUGGAGGCAGAGGAGCUCUCUCCAGUGUCAGAAGAUGAAAAAGACGAAGCAAUAGAGGACGAGGACAUCAAAGUGGUGGAAAGAAAACACUUCGCAGCGUCAAUAAAAGCUAAGACCUCACAGCCGUGGUGCGCUUCGAAGGCGAGGUCCGGCAGGAAAAGAAACCUGACUCCUGCUUUAAACGGGUCACCAGAACCACAACAGAAGAYGCCAGCUGAAGUCUCGACGUCGGAGCCCGCCUUGAAAGAGACCCCCUCCGCAGUCACGCAGACGUCCCAUGAUGAAGACACUCCCCGYGGAGAGACGAGGUCACGGGUGACGUGUGAUGGGAAGACAGGAGAACGWCCUAAAGAAAAGAACCGGAGAGAUGAGAAAAGUGAGACGCUGGGACCAGAAGGUCACACACAGGGGGACGAAGACCCUCGCUCCCAGGGCCUCCAUUUGAACGAGCGAAGCCCUUUAGGAAAUGCCGAAUGUGAAAAUGGAAAUGUCUCUCAGAGUGAUGUUAAUGAUGCACUCCUAAAGAAGAGGAGGAUGAAGAAAGAGGGCAGAGACGUUUGUGAAGGUGUAGAAAAGGAGAAGAAACAAGACGGGACAGAAGGUCAGCUUGAAGAGGAGCUUCUCAGUCCGUUGGAGGACAUCAACAUGAAAGACGUUCCCGAAUCAAAACCAAAGAAGAAGAAGAAAAAAGCUGCACCAGAGGCUGGCAGACAGGACGAUGGGUCAGUGGAGCAGGCUUCUGUAGCGAGCAGUAAAACACAAGCUGAUUGGAAGAAACAGGAAAACAGUAAGGAUGUGGAUGGUGGAAGGACCGACCCAGCUGCUGAACCUCCGACUGACGAGGCCAACGUACAGAAGACCAAAGAUAAGAAGCAAAAAGACCCGAAUGUGAUGUCAGGUCUCUGUGAAAAUCCAACUGAACAUCAUGUUGAAAACACCGAAGCCCCUCAGGAAACUCCUAGUUCCCUCCUCAGGGAGCCGAAGUUCACUAAAAGAAAAGACAAGAAGAUGAAACAUUCUGCUCCUGCUGGUGAAGAUGUGAACUUUUCCAACGACAAUGCAACAAAUACAGAUUCAACAAGUCAGAUGAAGAUGGAUACAUCAGACGCUGCGGAGGACGAUGAAAAAGUCGUUAAUAAACAAAAAGAGGAGCAAGCUCCUGAACUAAAGACCAAGAAGAAGAAGAAGAAGAAGAAGAAAGCUGCACCAGAAGAUGGCAGACUGGACGAUGGGUCAGUGGAGCARGCUUCUGUAGCGAACAGUAAAACACAAGCUGAUUGGAAGAAACAGGAAAACCGUAUAGAUGUGGACGGUGGAAGGACCGACCCAGCUGCUGAACCUCCGACUGACGAGGCCAACGUACRGAAGACCAAAGAUAAGAAGCAAAAAGACCCGAACGUGACAUCGGGUCUCUGUGAAAAUCAUGUUGAAAACACCGAAGCUCCUCAGGAAACAGAACUGAGUUUCACCAAAAUAAAACACAAGAAGAAGAAACACCCUGCUUCUGCUGGAGAAGAUGUGAAGUUCUGUAACGACGCUGUGACAAAUACAGAUUCAACAAGUCAGACGAAGACGAUGGAGAGGUCAGACGCUGCUGAGGAAGAUGAACGGAAAGAGGAGCGAGCUCCUGAAAUACAGACCAAAAGGAAGAAGAAGAAAGCUGCUUGUGCUAGCCACGAUGCUACAAAAACAGAUUCACCAAGUCAAAAGAAGAAAAAGAAGAUGGUGGAUAUGUCAGAUGCUGCUGAGGAAGAUGGAGAAGAUGUUAAUAAACAGAAAGAGGAGCUAGCGCCUGAACUAAAAGCCAAAAAGAAGAAACAGAAAACUAACUGUGUAGCCAGGCGCGAGGACACUGCAGCGCAGGACAGUUAUUCUGCGGUGGUGCGGAAAAAGGAAAAACAAGCGACGUCUUCCUUCCUCGCUGCUGAUGAAGAGGAAAAUGGCGCAGAGGAACGACGUGAGUCUUCACAGUCUGCAGCUAGAACGCUCCAACUCAGCGCCGCCGAUUUAGCCACCAAUUCAGCCGAAAAUGCAGAAAGUUCAGAAAGGUUAAAAGACAAGAUUAAGACCAAAAAGAAGAAGAAAAAGAGGUGGGCUGUGCAGGAGAGUGUGGGAGGAGAGACGGGAUUUAAGGAACCGAUGGGCAGGCCGGCUGUYGAGGUGAAGAAGAAGAGGAAGUGUGAGAGAAGCAACAGCGAGUUGACGAGUUCAUCAGCUUUAAGUUUGGAAGAAUCACAAACUGAUGCAGAUGUUCCUCUGAAGAAGAAGAAGAAAGAUAAGAUUCCAGCAGCUGGCAGAGAGGAUGAUGGAUCAGAACCAUCAACACARUUAAGUUCAGAUUCACAGAAAAAGACGUUUAAAAAUAAAGUAGAAAAAGCUGGAAAUAAACUUUCACUGGCAGAGAAAUCAUCUGUUAAACCUGCGGAGUCAGAAGCAUGUAACACCAAACAAAGAGGGAAAACUGAGUUUAAUCUGGACUCUAAAGCACCGCCUCUCAGUCUGAAACGAAAAAACAACAAAAAGAGGAAACUUUAUCACGCUAGUCUGGAUUUUCUUUCAGACAUUUAAUUGGAAGCUGCUGCCUGAGGCGGGACUUUUAACCAGUAACAUGAAGUGAGAAACAAGGUUUUCUGUGUUUUUCUACGUUUCUGCUUUGCAUCAAAGCAAUUUUACAAACGUGAAACCGGAGGAGUCAAGUUUAAAGUGUUAAAGUUUUAGAAAGUUUUGAAUCCCUGUACAGAAGUUGAGUUUUUAAAGUGUGCUUUCUGUGAAUAGUUGGUUUAUUCUGCUUUCAGUUUGCCUUUUUUAUUUGGACUCAUCAGAGGUGGGAAGUCCGUUUCAGAAGAGAAGUAUGGCAAACUAGUUUAUCAUAUAAUAAUCUGGAUUAUAAAAGCAAAUAUUUAUUUUGCACUGAGGUUAAUUAAGAGUUCUGUUUUUCCUAUUUGCAAAUUAUAUUAAAGAUACAGUAUUGUAAGCAUCUUUAUUUUAUUUGUAAAAAAAAAAUGAAAUUGUGUACAAGCAGAAAGAAAUGUGAGUUCUGAAGCCUGAAUUUCCAAAGUGACAAAAAUCCAAUUAUGUUUCCCCAAAUGGAGAAUUUUGACUCUGAAAGUUGGAGAUUCCAGAUUAAACCUGAUCUCAAAAUCCUGUUUUGAGCUUGAAAAUGUGUGAUAGWUUUACCAAUAAAUUAUAUUUUCACUUUUU